CUCUCGUGACCUCAAUAUAGAGGUGCUUUCUACAGCCCACCAAUGCACAGCGUUCAUUGAAGCUUGCCAUGCGGUUGACUUCGGUGAGGGGUCUCGCCAGACUGAGGCUGCCAUGUAAAACAAGAUGCAGCCCAAGUCCGCUUCAACACAGGCUCAAGUCAGGUGUCGCUGCCGCUGGGCUCAUCCCCAGAAACUGGGCUCGACAAGGGCAAAGCCUCACAUGGUGCCACCGCCGCACCCUGCAUGACGACACGGAAGAGUCGAUCACGCCGGCUGCUGGUAUCAAGACUCUUGCAGGAAAUAUUCAAGCCUUCAAAGAUUAUUUCGACUCCCCUGCCCAGAGCGCUGCUGGGGACUUUGACCUGACGAGAACUGUAACUGUCCAUGGUUUCAUAUCCAAGCGGAGAGAUGUCUCGUCCAAGUUAAGCUUUGUCGACCUAAUCGUGGACCGCGGGCCAUCAUUCCAGUUCAAAUCGUCGUGGGAGGAGAAGGACUCCCCGGAGCAUAGGCUGCACAAGGCUCUCAAACAAGUUCCCGCAUGGAGCUCCGUCAGCCUCACCGGAGUCAUUGACGAUUGUAAGAGAUCUGAUGCUCUAGUGCUGUAUGGCCCGAACUAUCCCAAGAAUACUGUCCACUACGACCUGACCUUGCGACAUGUUCACGUACUUAACCCUUUCCCUCGGGAUAUCAUCAUAUCAGAAGGCGCUCAAUUUCCGCCACACGCUCGGCACCUGCAGUUAAGAUUCGACAAGGCUCUCCAGCAUAGGCUUGAAUUCCGUCGGUCCCUCGCGAAAGAUGCCACCGAUGUUCUCACGCGAUGGGGAUUCCUUCAGGUCGAGACACCGAUACUCUUCAAGUCUACGCCAGAGGGCGCAAGAGAAUUUCUGGUCCCGACUAGGCGGCCUGGCUAUGCAUAUGCACUACCCCAAAGCCCACAGCAGUACAAGCAGAUCCUCAUGGCAGCCGGUGUGAGAGGUUACUACCAGCUUGCGAGAUGCUUCCGUGACGAAGACCUUCGCGCUGACAGACAGCCCGAGUUCACACAGCUUGAUAUGGAAAUGGCAUUCGCGAAAGGCGAGGACGUGAUGAGACUCGUCGAAAAACUCAUCCACGAAGUGUACGAUCGUAUGCGCGGACGGUGGCAAACACGCCAGGUCAAUGGAGCCUUGUGCCCGACCAAAAAGUCAGAUGGCACUACGGAUGCCGAGGAGUACCCUGCUAUAGAAGCAGAGUUUCCACGCAUGACAUAUCAUGACGCUAUGUCUCUCCACGGAUCGGAUAAACCAGAUUUAAGGAUACCAAACAAGAUCCAACGUAUCGACCACCUCCUACCACAUAAUUUCACAUCCAUGAUAUCGGACCUGGAGGAUCCUAUCGUCGAGGCUUGUGUGUUCCGCUUCGACGAGCCCUCGAAGGACUUCAUCAAAUCCCUUUGGGAUAACCUCCCUAAGCCCCUUCGACACAACCCAGACGGCCAACCUGUCCCUCUUACCAUCGAUUCCAGCAAGCCUCUCUCUGGUCUCUCACCACUAGGUCACGAGGCAGCUUCGGCCGUUCUGGAUGCCAGCAGCUCGGAUCUUCCACACAUUGCCGGUCUUGAGCAAGGAGAUGUGCUUGUCAUCCAAGCACGGCCCAACAAGCCCUUCGAAGGCGGCUCCACCGCACUCGGGGACCUGCGAAGGCACAUCUACGCUGAGGCAGUCGCGCAAGGGCUCCUCCCGCCAGACAACUCCUUCAAGUUUCUCUGGGUGACGGGCUUCCCGCUGUUCACGCCAAACACCGAGUCGUCGGACCCAGCAGAAGGCCAGCACGGCGCGAGCGGCUUCUCCUCCACGCAUCACCCAUUCACAGCGCCUCUAAGUCCCGAGGACUUCGACCUCCUGGCCACAGACCCCUUGAAGGUGAAGGCGGACCACUAUGACCUUGUCCUCAAUGGGGUGGAACUUGGCGGCGGCUCGCGUCGUAUCCACAUCGCCCCACUGCAAGAGUACAUCUUCAGGGAUGUACUCAAGAUGAGCGACGAGGGUAUCAGCCACUUCAGCCACCUUUUGGAGGCGCUGAGGGCAGGUUGCCCGCCGCAUGCCGGCUUCGCGUUCGGCUGGGACAGGCUCAUCGCUACGCUGAGCUUCACAGGGAGCGUGAGGGAUGUGAUCGCCUUCCCCAAGAACAAAAAGGGGGAUGAGCCCGUUGCGAGGGCGCCGGGUAAGGUCACUGAGGAAGAAUGGAAAACUUAUCAUCUCAAGUUUGAGAAGAUAGACUGA